CACCGUACAGUCAAGUUUUGUUGUGUCCCUUGUUGCUACCCGUCCGUUUCUUACGAAGCCUCCUGCUUAGAAAUGGCUGAAGCUCCGCCACGGCCCUACCGGUUUUUUUGUCACCGGUGUUCAGCAGAGAUUAGUCCGCGUUUACCGGACUACACCUGUCCACGCUGUGAAUCUGGUUUCAUUGAGGAACUGCCUGAGGAAAGAAGUAGUACUGAAAAUGGGUCCGCAUCCACGUCCUCCUCCAGUGAUCAGAACCGCCCAGCCUUUGAGAGCAUGGAUCACCAACACUUGUUCACAUUUCCCUCGGGGUACGGUCCGUUCGCCCUUGGGAUUUUUGAUGAGAACUUUGACCUUCGAACGCAGCUACCCACAGAGGACAACCGAGAGACCGAAAACAGGAGAGAAAGGGAAAUGGCAUCAAGGCAAAGAUACAGCGCGCGGCAACCGCGCGGUCGACAUGUUCCUCGACGACAGGGUACGCGCCAUGAAGGAGUGCCCACAUUAGAAGGAAUUAUCCAGCAGCUAGUAAAUGGAAUCAUAGCACCUACAGCCAUGCCAAAUAUGGGGAUGGGACCAUGGGGUAUGCUACAUUCCAAUCCAAUGGACUACGCCUGGGGUGCCAAUGGUCUUGAUGCUAUCAUUACACAGUUACUGAACCAGUUUGAAAACACAGGUCCCCCUCCGGCGGACAGAGAAAGGAUAAAGAGUUUACCCACCAUUACCAUUACAGAGGAACAUAUGGGUGCUGGUUUAGAGUGUCCUGUGUGCAAAGAAGACUACAGCGUUCAGGAGAAUGUUAGACAACUGCCAUGCAAUCAUUUGUUUCACAAUGACUGUAUAGUACCAUGGCUGGAACAGCACGAUACGUGUCCUGUGUGCAGGAAGAGUCUUAGCGGUCAGAACACCGCCACGGACCCACCAGGGUUAUCGGGGAUGAACUUCUCUCCCUCGUCCUCAUCCUCUUCCUCCCCCAGCUCACCUAGCAAUGAGAAUGCUGCCAGAAACUCCUAGGUUUUCACCGUCACCUCACAGCUGAAAACCUCACAUACGUGCGUCAAACCCAACGGCUCCGAGCUGAAACCAGUCAAACUGUCUCAAUUCUGGGGGGUGGGGCGAUAUGAGUCGAGCUGAACUCUGAAUCUGUUGCAGACUUGAAGUCAUCAUUCCUCCCCCUUUGCUGAAUGGACACUGGGGUCCAGCUCCUGCUGCUAUUGUUGCAGAGUAUUUGAGGAGGUAGGACUGGGCAGUGUUGGAGGAUCCAGAAAGGCUGUGAAUAAUGGUAAAAGUGGUUUUGUGACCAGAACUGGAGCAGAGUUUAAGCCAGAGUGGACUGCUUUUUGAUGGAGAAAUGUCUUUGCCACGAGGCUGAGGCACAUUUUAUAUUGAAAACACAGAAUGCUCUUUUUUUUAAAAACAUAGCCUGUGGAGGUGCAGAGUCCAUAGAUGUGUAGAUAGAGAAUUAAUUUUGAACGGUCGGCCACUGUACAGCUAGGGGAUCAAACUGAAACCUUGUGGGAAGGAAACUGGGUGUAUGCAUCUGAUUUUUAUUUAUUUGCACUUUGUUUUUUAUUUUGCACAAAAUUAUGUCUGCUGUUGAGUGUGAAUUUAGGUAAACUACUGAACAAAACAAAGAAGAUUUUCUUUUAUGACUUGUUUUUAUUAGAUUCUCACUUCAUCAGAGCGUGGUCCAGUGUAUUUGGUACCCUACUUGUGCUGUUUCACAGGAGAUGUAAUUUUACACAUUUAAUGAUUCAAUGUCAAUCAAACGGCAAUUGUUUUUAAUCAGGAUAAAAGACCACAGUCUUGCAAGGAAAGAGGAAGGAAGUAAACCAAAUAUUCUCGUCAGUAUAUAUAUAUUGUCAGUAGAUCGUGAACACGUGUUAACCAUGUUUUUACAAAUUGGCCCUGUGAUAUGUCAAAAGUUCUUGAAGCCUUUUACUAAUCACAGUAAAGUGAUUUAAAAAUAAUAAUCACAAUGCAGCCUCUUACAGCAGUGGCACUUAUUUCCUGCCAGGUCCCAGAUUUGACCUUAUUCCCAAUAACAAAAGGUUUUCAUGUUUAACUGCCUUACAACAUUGAAUCAAAGUAGUUUUAAUGUGGCGUUUUUGAUACUGAUCAACAGAAAAAUACCCCUUUAAAAUCAAAGGAGAUGUCUACAAAGUUAUCUAAAUUAACUAAACUGUAUUCACCUCCUUUUUAAAGGACACACCUAAAUCACCACUGGUGCAGCCAAAAGACCCUUUUCACAGCAGACAUUUUGAAUAACAACGUUGAUAACGUUAAUGAUGGCUGCAUUCCAUUUAGGUGAGCCAGUUCCAGAGCUUUACUGGGACGCUUCUUGGAAUGGAACCAUCAUUAUUAUUAGUUACACCUGUACUUUGACAAAAUGUUGGCUGUGAAAAGGGUCUAUUGGUUAUAAAAGUCACAUCAUUUGAUUAAUAGAGACCACCUGGGUCAAGUCAUUGUAGUAUAAGUAUAUAAAUACAUGUGUCUGGUAGGUCUAACUUUUGUGGAUCAGUAUUGACGCAAAGCCUUCACCAUGAAGACAAAGGAGCACGCCAAGUAACGGUGAAAAGCACAAAGUCGGAAUGGAUAUAAGAACAUUUCCAAGUCACUGAAAAAAAACAACAUGAAUACUUCCACAGGGGGUUAAUACUUUAUAUAGACACAAAGUCUUUAAGUGCCUCAACAGAACUAGGCAGCAUGCCAAUCAGAUUUGUCAGACAUUAACAGCAAGCCCAGGACAAUUUAUGCAUCAAUUGACACCAGAGGUUUUCAUAUUCAAAUAAAUAUGAGUAACAAAUUCAAUUCAUAUUUCUAAUAGUCCCUAAGCAACCAACUGCAAAAAAUAUAAAAGCUGUAAGGUUGGUUUUAAUGGCUUAUUUUACCGAACCUUGAGAGAACAGACGAUCUGGUUGAGAACUGCUUACUUAAUUGGUUGCAAUACUGUUGUUUUUUACUAGCUCAGGACAAUUGUGUGUAUU